ACCUCGAUCUCGCCAAUCACCACCGCACCGCACCGCACCGGCGCCACCAGCGUCGCCUCCCCGGCGCCACGCAUUAAAUGCCCGCCAUUGCCACCCACUCCGCCAAAAGCGCGCCUCGUACAUCGCGCACCCCCUCCCCCGUCAGUCGUCACUCCACCCGCCACAACCGCUCGCCGUCCGUCCACCGCCGUCACACCCACCAGCUCAGCUCAACCGCAGUGCGCUCCCCGCUCCUCCCUCUGCCCGGCCGUGCCGUUUGACCUCGCGCCCGUCCCGACGUCCCGUCGCUCUCCAUGGUCCGUGCUCCCUGCUCCGCCCUGCCCUGACGCGCGCUGCACUGCACCGCACCGCACGUAGCCCCCGCUGCCCGCCCGCCGAGGACGGCGACCUCCCCCCCGCCUCUCCCCGCAGUUACUCGCCUGUCCCGCGGGAAAAAAGCUCCUCCCUCGCCCUCGCCCUCGCCCAUCCCCUGCUCGAUAAAUGUCCGCAAUGGCAAUGCAGCUCCACGCCCGCCAUUAAUGCCCUCCCUCCCUUUCUCGGCAGCUUCUCGGUCAGAGAUUCCACCCCGCUCGCGCCGUUGCCCUGCUCGAUCUGCUCUGCUUCCGCUCCGCUGGGAGCCUUUUUCCCUGGGCUGGGCGCCUUGGAGGCAUCUGCCUGUCCCCUUCCCUCUCGUGUUCCCCUGCCCGCCCACGCCCACGCCCACGCCCUCGCCUCGCAGCCUGUCCAAAAAGUUUCAAUCUUGGAGCCACCCUCUUAUUGUUAUCCCCCCUCCCCCUCCCUCUCCUCCUCUCUCUCUCUCUCUCUCAUCCAGCCACCCCUCUCCUUCCCUUGGCCCUUGCUGUCCUCUCCAAUAAAAGCUUCCGCGUCUCAGCCAUCUCCAGUCCAGUCCACCACCCGUGUGCUGAACGGGAUUGAAUUUUGGCCGGAGCCUUCGGGUUCAGCUUUCCAGGUGCUCGAGGCGCGCGCCGGGUGAUUCCGUUCUCCAAAGCUUCCGGCGUCUCGGAGGCGUGCGUACGUUUCGGCGGUGCUGAGAGACGGAGCCGCCAUUGCCGAGGGAAAGAGAGAGGAGAAUGGAGGGGCGGGGGAGGCGGCCGCGGAGCCCGGAGCGGCGGAGACCGCCGGCGAGGAAGGUGCCGGUGGUGUACUACCUCACGCGGAGCCGGCACCUCGAGCACCCGCACUUCGUCGAGGUCCCGGCGCCCUCCUCCUCCGAGGGGCUCUACCUCAGAGAUGUGAUUCACCACCUCAACAUGGUGCGCGGCAAGGGCAUGGCCUCCAUGUACUCCUGGUCCUGCAAGAGGAGCUACAAGAACGGAUUCGUGUGGCACGAUCUCGCGGAGGACGACCUGGUCCUCCCGGCGACCGACGGCGAGUACGUGCUCAAGGGCUCCGAGAUCCUGGACCAACCUUCUUCAGGUCAAUUUCACCAUGGCAGCAAUGGCAACCAGAAGCAGCAGAGCAGGGUGAGAGAGGGUAAUACAAGGCUGCCUUUGUCAAGGGAGGCUUCCUUCUCCUCCUCCCCACCUAGUGUGACAGUUAGAGAAGCCAAGCCUCGGCGCGCGCCUUCGGUGCCAUCGCGGGAUGAGGACGACUCCCCCUCGCCGUGCCGGGGUACCUCCUCGGAGACAAUGUCGCCGGAGUCGGAGCCUCAGAGGACUGUCAUGUCAAGGGUGACUCCGGCUGAAUUCAGGGUUUUCAAGCCCACCGGUUUGAUGGAUGCCGCAACUCAAACCGAUGACCUCAGGAGGAGAUCCGCUCGGAGAGUACCCGAGAUGCACAAGAAGAGUCUGAGCACCGAUCAUGAUGCUGUGGUUCGUGAUGUCACCGAGUACCGGCAGCAGAGCCAUGCUCGCCGGUCGGCCGAGCUCCAGGGGAUCUCCCGGGAUGUCAUGUCCCACUGUGCCACCCCAUUGAGUAUGGCCUCAACCCAUGGCAAGUCUGAGAGCUUAGAGUCGUUGAUACGUGCCGACAACGCGUCAACGAACAGCUUCAGGAUCCUUGAAGAGGACGACAUUGUCGUGCCGACCUGCCCGAAGCUGAGGCCGGCGAAUGUGCUGAUGCAGCUCAUCACCUGUGGUUCACUUUCAGUGAAAGACCAUGACAGCAUUGGCCUUGUUGGGGCUUACAAGCCAAGGUUUCCAAACCUGAAGUUCCCAUCUCCGCUGAUCUCUCGCUCCAUGAUGAUGGGCGAGCUCGAUUACCUAUCGGAGAAUCCGAGAUUUAUAGGCACUCGGAUGGAAGAUAAGGAGUAUUUUAGUGGGAGCAUUAUUGAGACCAAGACGCAGAGAGAUGUUCCCGUUGAGAGGCACUCGGCGCUUAAGCGGUCCUCUUCCUACAAUGCAGAAAGGGGUGGCGAGAACCUCUGCGAAUGCGCGGGGCCCGACGAGGAAGACACGGCGCCGCGCUCGAGGUGCCUGCCCCGGACGCCGAUACUGUCAUCAUUCCUGCACCCGAAGAGCGAGGCGCAGCAGAAGUCCCCGGUAUCGGACUGCCGGAGGAGCUCCUCGGCCGGGCCGGACUCGAUAGACGGCGGGAGCAAGCGGUUCACCGACGCCCCGGGGUCGAGGGCGGAGUCCUUCAGGAAGGAGAACAAGGAGAAGCUCGUCAAGAUCGAGGAAAGUUAAGUGCUCCAUCCUUUUGUCACUGCACUGGGCUGUCGUCGGGAGCUCGUGUCGUGAUCCAGUGCACCGUGCCCUGCGACGAUGAUGACGACGAUGCGUUCUGAAGCCUCCUGGACAGACUUGCAGCUGACUUGGCCGCGUGACUUGGCGUUCUCUUUGCUUCUUUAGAUGAUGAUGAGUUACUGACGGAUUCGUGUUUUCUUUGUUGAGAUGUGCAUGUUAGCUUUAUUCUUCAGGCGUGAUGUAAUUUUUCUGUUCUUUGUUGAAAUUUUGUCCUCGUUGUCAGUUGUAGUAAGUGCCUGUUAAUGCCAUUUUGUGCUUGUUAAUGCUAAAGCUUUAUGGUUUAA